AUGGAGUUGUCGGAUGAGGAUUUGCGGAAGGAGCUUGCAAAAUACAUGGAUCCUGUGCCACCUGCUACAGGUUCCACUCGCGAAGUUCUCAGAGCUAAACUAGCUAAAUUUCAAGCGUCUAAACCUAAAGGUACAGACGACUCACCGGAAGGGCGGACAUCCAGACGUCAAACCAUUGCGACGACCACCACAACGGUAAUAACACCAUCAACUACAGAAAAUCUUGCAUCAACUACGCCAGUUCGUCAGCGCUCACCAGAGAAACACCAAGUUGCUGAUAUCGCCUCCUCCCCUUCUGAACGCGUUUUUCACGAGGCCAGUAAAUCACGUAACGACUCGGUGCUGUACGAGGAUAGCGAGUACCGCAUUCGCUACUUCCCCUCUGCCGAGUUACCAGACUAUCCCGGCGGUCUGCCUGUUUUCCGUCGGCGCUCUCUCCAUCCUUCCGGCAACCAGGAAGCACCCUCGGACCCCUACGAAGAGUUUUACAUCCGUUCGCCACGUCUUCAGGCAAAAAUGGAUGCUGAGCGCAUCAUCUCGCGUGUUAUGAGUGGGACCGUCGGUGAGAUAAGAUCCAGGCCCACCAAGGGUAGGGCUUUCUAUCGCGAGCAGUGGUGCCGACCGGUGAAGCGAAAGUCUUGGAUUCGUCUGCCCCCCGUUCAAGCGUUCUGCGACUUUCUGUCCUACUCUCUUCUUAGUCUCUUCAGUCUUCUGUUGGCACCUUUCACUUUAGUGCGAGUGCUAUCUUAUCGCGUUUGCUCGAUCCUGGGUUUCAAGACGCUCUUCUUCUUGCUCAUCGCCUGCAUUCUGACCAUCCUAGGGAUAUUCUUUUUCCUCUCGGAUCCAUUCUAUCGCAAUCCUGUGCCGGAGUUCGUCGAUCGUAUAUCGGGACCGUUGGCAUCGUUUUUGCAAGGAGGGGAGCAUUAG